CUUGUGGAAGUUGGGCCCGUGGGGGUGCGUUUCAACGCCCCCAUUCUCAUGGAGAUCCCCUACUGCGCGUCUUUGAACAACAACCAACGCGAGAUUGUCGUCCUGCGCUCGGAGAACGGCGAGACGUGGAAGGAGCAUCCGAUGGACCCCACCGAUCAGGCUGUUCAGGACUCCCUUGGGGAGUACUUUGAGGGAAUUUACGCACUUCUCUUUUAUCCCUCUCUUCCGCCAGCCGACGCUAUUCCGUCAUCGGAAUUGCGCGAAAGACGCGUUCACCGCAUUCUCACCAACACCAUACCCCAGUACUUCGCAUUGGUUACGCGCUGUCGCCAGGAUCUGGUCCUCGUUGGUCCGGAGGGCUGUGUGAUGACCUCCACGGUGGACCCCCAGGUCCAAGUCACCUUCCCUCCGGGUGCCCUGCAGAAGAAGAUUCGUGUGGGUCUCCAAGUGCACCCGGUGGACGCCAGCCUCGUGGCGGCUUGCCUCGGCUCACCACGCAUCGCCGUUUCGCCCAUCGUCACAAUCGAACCGAGGCGGCGCAAAUUCCACCGACCCAUCACUGUCUCCAUCCCUCUGCCGUUUGUUAGCAGCCAACAACAACAACAACAGCAGCAAAAGUCACCUGUCGAUCUCUCCACUGUCCGUCUCUUGUGCUCAAUCACCGGGGGCACAGCGCCGGCCAUCUGGGAGGACAUCACGGGCAGCUCACCGUUCUCGCUGCAGAAAAACUGCGUCUCCUUCACUACCACCGUUUCCGCAAGACUCUGGCUCAUCGAUUGCCCGAAUCUCUCCGAGGUCUCCGAGAUGGCCACCCGGGUAUACCGGGAGGCAACAGCGGUGCCCUACCUCGGCCAGUUCGUCGUGUACGCGCGGCGUCACCAUCCCGAGGAGGCGCAGAUCCGCUGCGUGUGCCUCACCGACGACACCGAGCAGAAGACCCUGGAGUGCCAGGAGGGCUUCGAGGUGGUGGCUCGCGGCCCCCCCAAUCUAGUCGAGUUCCUCCACGAUCGGCCGGUGUGGAUCGAGACGGCCGGCAACCUCGUGCCUGUGGCGGGACAAGCCUGCGACGCUAGCGGCGCCACCGGCGACCAUCAGAUGCGUUUCGCCAGUGUCAGGGCCUUCGAGGAGAAUCGGCUGAAUAUGCUCAUUCGCAUCAAGGACUUGAAUGGCCCGCCAGCUGGCCAGCUCGCCUUCAUGCCACAGCAAAGGCAGCCCGGAGGCGUGUCGGUUCUGCCGUUGUGUGUGGUUGAUCUGAUGCUGCCUCGCAUGUCGACGCCCAAAAUCGGUGAAUCCAAUCAACACUCCUCCCUUGGGGAGAGGACGUCGUUGGUCAAUGGUGUGUUAAAACACGGCUCCUCAGAGGAAGGUUGUGGCUCCAUUGGCCACCCAGUUGGCAAAUGCAAAUUGGUCGAGUCGAUUGCCCGGUCGGAUCUGGACGUGAAAAAGGUCGCGGAGAAUCUGGGCGCUGAUUGGACCCGACUGGCUCCUCACUUGGGCCUCACUCAAGACGACGUGAACGCCAUCCACGCCAGUGCCGGUGGCUUCGACAACGACUACAAGAAGGCGCUCACGUGCCUCUCGCUGUGGCAGGAACGCUUCGGCCCACGGGCUUCUGGCACAGCACUUGCAGCAGCCCUGAGGCAGGUCGGUCGUGAGGAUGUGCUGCGUCAGAGCAUGCAGAACAUCAGCCUUGUGCAGAACGACCGCGAGCUCUCCCACGCCCUGCGCAGUCUGGAGGCCGAGGAAGCCGAAAAUGAGGAUGCCAUGGAUUCGUCGCUUUACGUGGAAAACGAUUACUACCCGGAGAAGGAGGACCAACGUGAGCCCGCUCCGGACGGCGAUGUGAUUGAAUCGACCAUCUGCGUGCGGACAACUCCGGUUGAAGCUGUCGCACACACCACGGCCGCCGCCACCACGAAGGAGGAGAGGCAGGCUGCUCUCGGGGAACUGGCGGAUCAACUGGACUUCGAUAGCGUCGAUGUGGCAGCCGCGUCAACACCGGGCCCGUACAGCGGCGAGGGCGUCGACGAGGAAGUUCUGGUGGCCGAGAAGGCACAACGCAGCAACGAUGUCGAGUCUGCCGUGCCAGCCAUUCUGAUGGAUCAAAUUGAAGCCGACGAUUCGGCAGCGUCUUCGCUGCCAGUUGAAUCGGAACCCCACUCUGCUGCUGCCGAUGCCGCUGUUGGAGACCCGGUCGAAGUAGUGAAAUUAAAUGAAACGAACCAGCUAAUGUCCUUUUCUGUUCCCCUCAACAAACACACGCUGGUAGAGCGAAGCCAGUGCUUUUACGCUAUCGUCAACUCGUUUCAGCGGCGUUUUCACUGUUCUCGUCAGCUCCCCUCUAAACAAGGACGCAUCCAAGCCAAACUCUUAGGCAGUCAGCGGUUGUGGUUCAAGGCAGUGGAGUUGCUGUGGUCUGCGCCACCAAUCAAACACCCACCGCCCCUCUGUUCUUCAAACAAAUCAGAACCUGCCUAACACUACUUCGUCCAGCGCACCCCUAGAUGCUACGAUCCCUGUGAGGUACUGCUAACUCCUACUUGGGGAACGCACGUGCGUGUUCGCACAUCACCUAGCCACGGGGCUGCCUGUUUCCGUUGCGGUGGCACGCAUCUUACCUCUACCGCCCUCCUUCUCUUCCUUCCUCCCUACCCUACCCACCCUCCACCACCCGCCCGCCCGCACCGGUCGCCAUUUCACCGCCCCUUCGUUCUCGCACGUUGCCAGACGAUAAGUCCAUUCGCUCUCCAGUCGCGUACUGCCAUCACUACUGAAGAGUUGGAAUUUCAACCGCAAGGUCCCGAGACCCUGGAACCACAGAAUUGCGCUGCGGACGCUGAGUCGCUCUGGACUGUCGUGGAGAAGGUAGCUUCCGUGACGACGAGACAAGGUCCCUCGCCAUCACGAGACACCGUAGAGGUGGAUAUUGAGGCUGAUAGAAAGUGGAUGACAGGCUUGCCUCUGGAACACACAGACGACGUCGCUGAGGACGAACAUAAGGCAGCCGUUCGUCCGGGCAGUAAGUGUGUGUCGACGGGCGGACAAGGCGCGGCCCUUUGGUCUGCAAAGUCAGGUGGUUGGAGAAAGGGAAGGAGGAGAGAGGAGGAGGAAGGGACCAUAAAACCAGUGACGGUGUCACUUUGUGGUGUCAGGGAGGCUACGUGGGGUGAAGCCCAACCGUUGCCCCCGUCCCCUGGUUCCAGUGUCCCCACAAUUGUGCCUGUGCUAACCCCUAGACUCGGUGAACGGGAGGAGACGUGGGGAAAACCGCAGCAGGACUAA